AUGAGAUCAUCUGGUCUUUUCCAGCGUCCCCUGUCUUUCCAGAUGUCUGUUAGUCUGUUCCUAACCGCCAUUCAUCUUUUCUCUUCUCUUUGUUUAUUUAUUCGUUUUUUGUUUGUUUGUUUGUUUGUUUGUUUGUUUGUUUCCUUCUUUCUUUCUUUCUUUCUUUCUUUCUUUCUUUCUUUCUUUCUACAUCCCUUACUUACUUUUAUGGUUUUCUUCCUUUUUUAUGCAUCUCUAAUAUCUUUCGUUAACUUUUUUCUUUUUUUCUUUGUUUGUUUGUUUCUUUCUUUCUUUCUUUCUUUCUUUCUUCAACUUUCUUUUUUCUUUCUUUCUUUCUUUUUUUUCUACAUUCCUUACCUUUAUGGUUUUCUUCCUUUGUUUUUACUCCUCUCUUUCUUUCUUUCUUUCUUUCUUUCUUUCUUUCUUUCUUCUUGCAUACUUUUUCUUUUUUUCUGGCAUUCUUUCUUUCUUUCUUUCUUUCUUUCUUUCUUUCUUUCUGUCUUUCUUUCCUGCACUUUCUAG